UCCAGGCGUAAUGCCUGGGGUAAUCAGUCCUACGCAGAUCUAAUCAGCCAGGCGAUUGAAAACUCGCCAGAUAAACGACUUACUCUGGCGCAGAUCUACGAUUGGAUGGUAAAAACGGUGCCGUAUUUUAAGGACAAAGGAGACAGUAAUAGUUCUGCUGGGUGGAAGAACUCCAUUCGCCACAAUUUAUCGCUCCACAACAAGUUCAUGCGAGUGCACAAUGAGUCGACUGGAAAGAGCUCUUGGUGGAUGCUGAACCCUGAGGGGGGCAAGACUGGCAAAGCCCCUCGCCGCCGCGCUGCCUCGAUGGACAACAGCAGCAAAUUGCUUAAAAGUCGUUUGCGAGCAAAGCAAACUAAAAAGCAGGCUGGAGCGGCAGGGAUUGGAGGCUCUGGAGGUGCCCUGCAGGGUGAGGGUGCUGGCGGUUCUGGCGGUGCGGACAGUCCCGGGCCUCCAGUUCAGUUCGGAAAGUGGGGAGUGAACAGCAGCAGCCCUUCCUCUCGUGGCAGCCUGGACGACCCGGACAUGUGGACGAGUUUCAGGCCACGUACAAGCUCCAAUGCCAGCACGCUGAGCGGGAGGCUUUCUCCCAUUGCCACGGGGCAGGAGGACGAGGAUGGCCUUCUUGGUGGCUAUUCCACAGGGAAUCUUCCCCCAACACUAACUGAGACGCUAAUGGAAGAACUGGAUUUGAUUGACGGGCUAACUUUAAUGACUGGUCCGCAAGGUGGUGCGAGCCCAAGCACAGCUCCUCCUGCCCCACCUCAGCCUUUGCCCUCGGCAUCCACCCUGCUGCCUCGAGGGUCCAGCUUUCCUUCAUUUCGGCAGCUGCAGCCAGCAAAGACUACACAGGGAUCCACUCCGCCAGGGCCACAGAGCUCGGUUCAACACAGCGCCGGAUCCAGCACAAGCCCAUCGAGCUUCGGAAACUCCCUCUUCAGCCCCCUGCCCGGUCCUGGUCACAGUGGUUUCAGCACUCACGUGCCCUCCAGCCUCGAAGCUCUCUUGACCUCCGAUUCGCCCCCACCCAGCGAUGUUAUGAUGACCCAAAUGGAUCCUCUCAUGCCAAGCCAAGGAGGUGGUGGGCUUUUGGGGCUCGGGAGAUCUAUGUCCAGCAGCCAAGCUAAGGCAGGUCAGAUGUUGCUGAGCAAAGGCAUUGACACAAGCACGGUGGGGCAGAUGAGCCUCCAGCCUCAACCCCAACUCCAGCACUCACAGAUGGGCUUUGGAAUGAUGCACUUGGCCAUGAGCCAGGAACCACCUCAGCUCGCAACUGUAAAGACCCAGCAUCAGGUGCCAGGCGCUGGGCUUCUGCAGCACGGACCUGUCCCGUCACCUGGUGGGAAUGGAGGCCUGCAAGGUCUAGGCCAGUUUGCAACACCGCCCUACUUCAUGCCCUCCCAGGACCGUCUGCCUACAGACUUGGAUAUCGACAUGUUC